CGCAAAGCCUUCUGGGGAUUGUAGUAGUCCACGUGGCAUCGCGCGUGCGCAGUGCAGGCCAGCCAGGGCCCACUCCAUCGGGUCUGUCAACACAAAUGGCAGUCUGGGUGUCAGUGCUGAGAGUGUCACGUGUUGUGUUGUUCUGUCGGUUCAGCUAUAUCUGACUCUUCGAGACCCCAUUUGGUGCUUUGUCGUUUCCUUCUCAGUUCAUUUUGCAGAUGAGGAAACUGAUACAAACAGGGUCACAGAGCUAGUAAGUGUUGGAGCCGAAUUUGAACUCAGGUCUUCUGGACGCUAGGCCCCGGGCGCUCUAUUGCGGGAAUGGCUUUUCCGGGCUUGAACUUGAAGCCUGUUGGGGGCGGGAGAGACUGAGGGAGUCAGCGCGCCUGCGCCAGGCCACCCGGGCUGCUGCUUGCAGAGGCCUCUGAGGCCGCAGGGGCCAAGCCAGCCUGGGCAGCUAGGGGGGAGCAAGGGAGCGAGAGUGAGUGCGCAGGCGCAAAGCAACAGCUGCCGCAUAGCCUGGGGCACGUCCGCAGCAGCCGGCGUUGGUGUCAAGGCCCCCAGGUCCCGCCCGGCUCUCCAGGAGGCUCCCCCCCUGCUGGGAGAAGAAGAGGGGUGGCCCAGGCAGACCUGAGGACCAUGGAGGACGCGGACCGAAGGCUGGAGGUGGGAGGGGAGCCGCCUCCGGAGGGAGGGAGGAGGAGGCGGCGGCGAAGGAAGGACAAGGAGCCUCUGGUCCCUAAGGAGUUUCAGGUAUCAGUGACGUUCCAGGACGUGGCCGUGGACUUUAGCCGGGAUGAGUGGAAGCGCCUAGAUGAUGCUCAGAAGGCCCUGUACAGGGAUGUGAUGUUGGAAAACUACGAGAACCUGGUUUCCCUGGGCCUUCCUGUUUCCAAACUGGACGUGAUCUCCCUGUUGGAGAGAAGAGAAGCCCCACGGAGGGCAAAGGAACGUGUUCCCAGAGACCUUCCACCAGAUUCCAUUAGUCAGGAUUCCAGGUUUGGAACCAGGGUACCAGAUCGGAUGCAGGACAUUUGCAUGGAGACAUCAUCCAAGACAAAACAACCAAAGGUCCUUCCUUUGCAUUCCAAGAUGACAGAUGUUAAUUUAGAGAAACAGAAGGUCAACCCAGAAAGACAAUCCAGACAAAUAACAGUCACUCCUAGAAAAAUUGAUAGUAAAGGCAGGGUACCUGGCAGAGGUUGUAGCCUGGGGUCUGUCUCUGUUCCACUGUGGAGAAGGAAAAGUCUUAGGAAAUAUGAGACACUUGGAACAAGCAUUGGGGAUAAAAAGAAGAAUGUUUUUAAUUAUGACAAAUUUAGGAAGCCUUUCAUUUAUCACUCAGACCUAAUUAAAUUUCAUAGACUACAUGGUAGAGAAAAACUUUAUGAAUACAAUGAAUGUAGAAAAGCCUUUGGGAGACAAUCUAAUCUUGUUAGAAAACUGGGCAUUCUUACAAGGCAGAAAUAUUACAAACGUAACAAAUAUUGGAAAGUCUUUAACCGGAGAGGAGAACUGGUUUAUCAGAGAAUUCCUCCUGGAGUAAAAUUCUUUGAAUGUAAUGUGUGUGGGGAAGCCUUUAAGGAAGAAGAAAUGCUCAAAAAACAUCAAAGUAUUCAUAUUGGAAAAAAUCAUUUUGAAUGUAAUAAAUGUAGGAAAAGCUUCAGCCGAAAAGAAAAUCUAAUUACCCAUAAGAAAACCCAUACUGAAGUGAAAUCCUUUGAAUGUAGUGAGUGUGGGAAAAGUUUUGGACGGAAGGUACACCUUGUUAGACAUUAUAAAAUUCAUACCCGAGUGCAAUUAUUUGAAUGUAAAGAAUGUGGGAAAGUCUUUGGUGAAAAGGGACACUUUAGUAUCCACCAAAGAACUCAUACUGGAGAGAAACCUUUCACAUGUAGUGAAUGUGGGAGAGCCUUCAGUGAGUGUAAAGCUCUCAAAAGCCAUCAGAAAAUUCAUAGUGAAGAGAAACCCUUUGAGUGUGAUGUAUGUAAGAAAGCCUUCAGUCAGAAGGGACACCUUAUUUCUCAUCAGAGAACCCAUACUACAGCGAGACCUUUUGAAUGUAAUGUAUGUAGGAAAUCCUUUAGUCAGAAGGGACACCUGGUUUCUCAUCAGAAAACUCAUAAAUGUAACGAAUGUGGGAAAAUCUUCAGUGAUAGUAAUAUACUCAAAGACCAUCAGAGAACUCAUACUGGAGAGAAACUCUAUGCAUGUGAUAAAUGUGGGAAAGGCUUCAUACAGAAGUCAUACCUUGUUAAACAUCAGAGAACUCACAAUGGAGAGAAACGCUUUGAAUGUAAUGAGUGUGGGAAAGCCUUUCGUACAGGUGUACACCUCAGUACACACCAGAAAACUCAUACAGGUGAGAAACCAUUUAAGUGUAGUGAAUGUGGGAAAGGCUUCAGCCAGAGGGAAAAUCUGAUUAAACAUCAGACAACUCAUACUGGGGAGAAACCCUUUGAAUGUGAGGUUUGUAAGAAAGCCUUUAGGCAGAGAGCACACCUGGUAUCUCAUCAGAGAACUCACACUGGAGAGAAACCCUUUGAAUGUAAUGAGUGUGGAAAAGCCUUUGGUGAGAAGCGAACCCUUAGUAGACAUCAGAAGACUCAUGCUGGCUUGAAACCUUUUACAUGUAAUGAAUGUAAGAAAACCUUCAGCCGAAGGACAGGCCUUAUUAUCCAUCAGAAAAUUCAUACUGGAGAGACAAUUUUUGAAUGUGAUGUAUGUAGGAAAUCCUUCAGUGAGAGGAAAAAUCUACUUUCUCAUCAGAAAGCUCAUACUAGAGAAAAACCUUUUGAGUGCAAUGAAUGUGGGCAAACCUUCAGUAAGAAUGAGAUGCUUGAAAUUCACCAGAAAAUUCAUGCUGGGAAGAAACCCUUUACAUGUGAUGAAUGUGGGAAAGGUUUCGUGAGGAACUCAUACCUUAUUAGACAUCAGAAAACUCACACUGGAGACAAACCCUUCAAGUGUAAUGAAUGUGGGAAAAGCUUUGUCCAGAAGGUACAUUUCCUUUAUCAUCAGAGAAUUCAUACUAAAACAAAAAAUUUUGAAUGUAGUGAGUGUAAAAAAGCCUUUGGUGACAAGGUACUCCUUAGUAGACACGAGAAAACUCAUUCUGGAGUGAAACCUUUUAAAUGUAAUGAAUGUAAGAGAGCCUUCAGCCAAAGGACAAGCCUUAUUAUCCAUCAGAGAUCUCAUACUGGAGAGAAACCCUUUCCAUGCAAUGAAUGUGGAAAAUUUUUCACCCAAAAGACAGUUCUUAUUACUCAUCAGAAAAUUCAUACUGGAGAGAAACCUUUUACAUGCAAUGAAUGUGGGAAAAGUUUCAUCCAAAAGGUAGUCCUUAUUAACCAUCAGAGAACUCAUACUGUGGAAAAACCUUUGACUUGUAGUGAAAAAGUAGAAACCUCCAGUAAUAGUAAUAUAUCUCAAAACCAACAGAAAAUUCAUUCUGGAGAGAAGCGAUUUUGUUGUGGUGAAUGUGGUAAAGGCUUCUGCUGGAGAGCAAACCUUAUUAGACACCGGAAAAUUCACACUGGAGAGAAACCCUUUGAAUGUAAUGAAUGUGGGAAAGCCUUCAUUGAAAAGAAUUACCUUGUUGCCCAUCAGAGAAUUCAUACUGGAGAGAAACCCUAUGAAUGUAAUGAAUGUGGGAAAGCCUUCAGCCGAAGAACAAACCUUAUUACCCAUCAAAGAAUUCAUACUAAAGAGAAACCUUUCCCAUGUAAUGAAUGUGGAAAAGCCUUCAGUAGGGGUAAAGCCCUCAAAAAGCAUCAGAGAAUUCAUACUGGAGAGAAAUACUUUGAAUGUAAUGUAUGCAAGAAGGGCUUCAAUCAUAGGGGACACCUUGUUUCUCAUCAGAGAACUCAUAAGAGAGUGAAACCUUUCUCAUGUGAUCAAUGUGGGAAAAUCUUCAGUCGAAGGACAGUCCUUGUUAGACAUCAAAAAACUCAUUCUGGAGAGAAACCAUUCUCAUGUAGUGAAUGUGGGAAAGCCUUCGGUGAAAGUGAAACUCUCAAAAGGCAUUGGAGAGUUCAUACUGGAGAGAAACCCUUUGAAUGUAAUGUAUGUAAGAAAGCCUUUAGUCAGAAGGGACAUCUGCUUUCCCAUCAGAGAACUCAUACUGCAGUGAAACCCUUUGAAUGUAACGAACAUGAGAAAACCUCCAGUGAGAAGGAUCAUCUUAUUACCCAUCAGGGAACCCAUAUUGGGGGGAAAGUUUUCACAUGUCUUGAAUGUGGGAAAGCCUUCAGUGAGAGUGAGGACCUCAAAAAGCAUCAGAUAACUCAUAGUGGAGAGAAACCCUUUGAAUGUAAUGUAUGUAAGAAAGCCUUUAGUCAGAAGGAACACCUGAUUUCUCAUCAGAAAACUCAUACUGCAGUGAAACUCAUUGAAUGUAAUGAACAUCAGAAAACUUCCAGUGAGAAGGAUCAUCUUAUUACCCAUCAGGGAACCCAUAUUGGGGGGAAAGUUUUCACAUGUCUUGAAUGUGGGAAAGCCUUCAGUGAGAAUGAGGCCCUCAAAAAGCAUCAGAAAAUUCAUACUGGAGAGAAACCCUUUGAAUGUAAUGUAUGUAAGAAAGCCUUUAGUCAGAAGGAACACCUGAUUUCUCAUCAGAAAACUCAUACUGCAGUGAAACUCAUUGAAUGUAAUGAACAUCAGAAAACUUCCAGUGAGAAGGAUCAUCUUAUUACCCAUCAGGGAACCCAUACUGGGGGGAAAGUUUUCACAUGUCUUGAAUGUGGGAAAGCCUUCAGUGAGAAUGAAGCCCUCAAAAAGCAUCAGAAAAUUCAUACUGGAGAGAAACCCCUUGAAUGUAAUGUAUGUAAGAAAGCCUUUAGUCAGAAGGAACACCUGAUUUCUCAUCAGAAAACUCAUACUGCAGUGAAACUCAUUGAAUGUAAUGAACAUCAGAAAACUUCCAGUGAGAAGGAUCAUCUUAUUACCCAUCAGGGAACUCAUACUGGGGGGAAAGUUUUCACAUGUCUUGAAUGUGGGAAAGCCUUCAGUGAGAAUGAGGCCCUCAGAAAGCAUCAGAAAAUUCAUACUGGAGAGAAACCCCUUGAAUGUAAUGUAUGUAAGAAAGCCUUUAGUCAGAAGGAACACCUGAUUUCUCAUCAGAAAACUCAUAUUGGAGUGAACUUCUUUGAAUAUAUUGAAUGUGAGAAAAUCUUCAGUGAGAAGGAUCAUCUUAUUACCCAUCAGAAAACCCAUACUGGGGUAAAACCUUUCACAUGUCUUGAAUGUGGGGAAGCCUUCGGUAAGAGCAAAGAUCUCAAAAAACAUCAGAGAACUCAUAGUGGAAAGAAAUCUUUCACAUGUAGUGAAUGUGGGAAAGCCUUCAGUGAAAGUGACGCCCUCAAAAAGCAUCAGAAAAUUCAUACUGGAGAGAAACCCUUUGAAUGUAAUGUAUGUAAGAAAGCCUUUAGUCAGAAGGAACAUCUGAUUUCUCAUCAGAAAACUCAUGUUGGAGUGAACUUUUUUCAGUUUAUUGAAUGUGAAAAAACCUUCAGUGAGAAGGAUGAUCUUAUUACCCAUCAGAAAACCCAUACUGGGGUAAAACCUUUCACAUGUCUUGAAUGUGGGGAAGCCUUCAGUGAGCUUGAAGCCCUGAAAAAGCACCAGAGAGUUCAUGCUGGAGAGAAGCCCUUUGAAUGUAAUGUAUGUAAGAAAGUCUUUACUCAGAAGGAACACCUGAUUUCUCAUCAAAAAACUCAUACUGCAGUGAAACUCUUUGAAUGUAAUGAACAUGAAAAAACCUUCAGUGACAAGGAUCAUCUUAUUACCAAUCAGAGAACCCAUACUAGAGGAAAACCUUUCGCAGGUAUUGAAUGUGGGGAAGCCUUCAGUGAGAGUGAGGCCCUCAAAAAGCAUCAGAAAAUUCAUGCUGGAGAGAAACCCUUUGAAUGUAAUAUAUGUAAGAAAGCCUUUACUCAGAAGGAACACCUGAUUUCUCAUCAAAAAUCUCAUGCUGCAGUAAAACUCAUUGAAUGCAAUGAACAUGAGAAAAACUUCAGUGAGAAUGAUCAUGUUAUUAGCAAUCAGAGAACCCAUACUGGGGGAAAACCUUUCACAGGUGUUGAAUGUGGAGAAGUUUUCAGUGAAAGUGAAGCCCUCAAAAAGCAUCAGAAAAUUCAUACUGGAGAAAAACCCCUUGAAUGUAAUGUAUGUAAGAAAACCUUUAGUCAGAAGGAACACCUGAUUUCUCAUCAAAAAACUCAUACUGCAGUGAAACUCAUUGAAUAUAAUGAACAUGAGAAAACCUUCAGUGACAAGGAUCAUCUUAUUACCAAUCAGAGAACCUAUACUAGACAAGAACCUUUCACAAGUAUUGAAUGUGGGGAAGCCUUCAGUGAGAGUAAAGACCUCAAAAAACAUCAGAGAACUCAUAGUGGAGAGAAAUCUUUCACAUAUAGCGAAUGUGGGAAAGCCUUCAGUGAGAGUGAGGCCCUCAAAAAGCAUCAGGGAGUUCAUACUGGAGAGAAACCCUUUGAAUGUAAUAUAUGUAAGAAAGCCUUUAGUCAGAAAGAACAUCUGAUUUGUCAUCAAAAAACUCAUAUUGGAGUGAACUUCUUUGAAUGUAUUGAAUGUGAGAAAACCUUCAGUGAGAAGGAUCAUCUUAUUACCCAUCAGAAAACCCAUACUGGGGGAAAAUCUUUCACAUGUAGUGAAUGUGGGAAAGCCUUCAGUGAGCGUGAAGCCCUCAGAAAGCAUCAGAGAAUUCAUACUGGAGGAAAAUCCUUUGACUGUAAUCAAUGUGGGAAAGUCUUUGGUGAGAAGGAACACCUUAUCACACACCAGAAAACCCAUACUGGAGAGAAAGCCUUUGAGUGUAGUGAAUGUGGGAAAAGCUUCAGCCAGAGGGAAAAUCUUGUCAGACAUCAGAUAAUUCAUACUGGGGAGAAAUCUUUUGAACAUAACAAAUAUAGGAAAUCUUUCAGCCAGAGGAUGCACUUCAUUUAUCAUCAGGGAAUUCAUGCUGGAAAGAAACCUUUUGAAUGUAGUGAGUGUGGGAAAGCUUUUAGUGAGAAGCGAACACUUAAUAGACAUCAGAAAACUCAUACUGGAGUGAAACCCUUUAAAUGUAAUGAAUGUAAGAAAGCCUUCAGCCGAAGGACAAUCCUUAUCAUCCAUCAGAGAACUCAUACUGGAGUGAAACCUUUCAUAUGUAAUGAAUGUGGUAAAGCCUUCAGCCAAACAGGACAUGUCAUCCGACACCAGAGAACUCAUACUGGAAUGAAGCCCUUUGAAUGUAAUGAAUGUGGGAAAUCCUUCAGUGAGAAGGAUCAUCUUAUUACCCAUCAGAGAUCUCAUACUGGAGAGAAACCCUUUGCAUGUAAUGAGUGUGGGAAAGCCUUCAGCCGAAGGACAAUCCUUAUUACCCAUCAGAGAACACAUACUGGAGUAAAACCCUUUGAAUGUAAGGAAUGUAGGAAAGCUUUCAGCCAGCGGGGACACCUCAUUUAUCAUCAGAGAAUUCAUACUGGAGAGAAGCCCUUUGAAUGUAAUGAAUGUGGAAAAGCCUUUAGCUGGAGGGCAAACCUGCUUACUCAUCGCAGAACUCAUACUGAAGUGAAACCUUUUGUCUGUAAAGAAUGUGGGAAAACUUUCAUUGAGAGGCAAACCCUUUUUAGACAUAAGAGAACUCAUGCUUUACCAAAUCCUGUUCAGUGUAAUGAGCAGGGUUAGGUUUUUGGUGAGAGGCAGGCCAUCAUCAGACAGAAGAGAAAGAACACAGAACUGACUUCCUUUGAUUUGUCAUUAAUAUGGCAAAGCCUUUAGUGAGAAGAAAGUACCAAAGAGCCCCCAAAGAUGUCAUACUGGAGAGAAAGGGUGCUGUUCCGGGUAGUGUUAGGACACAUGGCAGGAUGGUCUGGUUGAAAGGUGACUGACUGCAUGUAUUAUACUAGUGCAGUUUGCACUCAUUCAUCAGUCAGGACUUCUAUCUGCCUUUCCUGCCCCAACCUAUCUGCUGACCUCCAGUUCACAUUUCCAGUCGCCUUUCGACACCUCAAACUGCUUGUCCAGUAGACAUCUUAAACUAAACAUCUCCAAGACACAACUCAUCUUUCCCCCUAAACUCUUCCCCCUCCUGCCUU